UCAAAGCGUGUCAUUGCCUGGUAUCAAUGAGUAAUAGACAGUUGGGGGAACUUCAUUUGCACAGAGGAUCCCAAAUAGUAAUAAGUAUAAGGUUAAUGUUGCGUUAAAGCACAAACACCUCUAAGGCUCUCUCCUCCCUUCCGAUUUUUAUUUUCACUUCUCGUUAAAAAUAGGUGUGGAGCACAGAACUUAGCUAUGAAUAAAGUUUGUCUGUUUUGUUACGCAUGGCUAAUCUACCGUCAACUCAAGAAGCAAAGAGAAAGAGAGGACACCAACAUUUACACUUUUAACAUUUUAAGCCAGAAUUGUUCAUCGACUAACACGCUUUGGUGUACCGUAAUUUGUGAGAUAAUACGAAAUUCAGCAGAUUGUGUUUAAAGGGGGUAUGAGACAGAGAUCGUGCGUUACGGCUUGUGAGUCUGGGGAGACCAGCAGCGGAAUCCCCGCACCGCCCACGCGUGUGACUCACUGGUCAGGGAUUUCCGUCGUUUGAAUAUGAAGAGGGCAUCCCUAAAGCACACACACAUAUACACACACACACACACCCACCAGCUCACACUUCAAGGGUCAAGCUACGACGAUUAAAGGUCAUGCUUAAUGUCACUGGAUGAUCUCAUGUAAUGUGUUUAAAGUCAUUAGAGAUCAGCAUAAAUAGAUUACUGACGUAUGCCUGAAGAGCUCUGACUGCUUGUGGCAUUCAUUUAUUCGUGGUUAUAUGAGCCAGAUGUUCUUGCAUCAGUAAGGUCUCCAUAGUUUGUAUUCCAUUUUGUACUAAAUUCAAAUGUAUAUACUGUUGGGUCUCAUAGCAAAACCUCAUAAACAACAAAAGCAUCAUUUACAUGAGGCUGUUUCUGUCACGAUUGAACAGGGAUGUCCUUAAUGUUUUAGUAAUUCCCUUUAUAUACAGUAACCACUUGCAGCCACUGAUUUAUACAGGGUACAUGUAUAUCAGAGCUACUAGAUGAAUAUGUUUAUGACGAAUCAGUUAAAAACAUGGAAAAGUCUGUGUGUCACAUUCUAAAUUUAGGUUAUUAGAGUUCUUCUUUUCCUAUACUCUUUGGUUUGGGCAGAGGAGAGUAAACCUGUGUGUGACGGUGCUUGGUGAGAUUGUUGUGGUGAGGUGUUUGAAGAUUUGGGCUGGUAGGAGUAAAUGAAACUAAAGUGAGAGGAGAACAAAUUAAAAAUGGCUGAUAGGAAAGGGAAUUCUCCAAGCCCAGCAGGCACAGUGGAGUUUCCACACUUCUUCAGCUUGCCUCUUCUUCCUCAUUUGAAUCCUCUCUCAUGCAAGUUGCUCACUUUAGUGGUUUUAAGAGAAACUGCUGUUUUUCCCCUAUGAUAUGGAAAGCGAAAAGCUAUUCAUCUCUACCUAGCUUUUUACUUGCAUACUUCUGUCCCAGUAGGGAAGUGACAUCACUGAAAGUGAUGCACUAAAAAUACAAGUAUGUAAGUCCUUUAAAAGUUGUGACUGGAUCUUUCUUUAAAUAAUGGAACUCAUCAUGCCUCUUUUCUGAAAAGAAAAGUCUCUUUGUAAGGAGACACAACACUUAUACACAAAUAUGUAAAACUAGCUUUUUGUUACAGAACUUGCGUCUUAAUAUCCUUAUGUAUGUUGGCAGUAACAAGUAUGAGUGUUUGACAGUGCAACAAAGCUACUGGGGCCCCAUACAGUACGUCACUAAGGCAGGAAGAUGUGGUUGGCUAUGCAGCGUAACGGAGCAAAGGAAACAGAAAAAAUCUUUGCAACAUUCGCCACGGUAUUCUGUUGAGGAGAACAGGUUUUACAUGACCUCACCACCUCUUUUCCUAAUGGAAUACUUUCCUCAUGGUUUGUGUGACGAGAAUGAAACUCCUCUGAUGGAAAUUUCAGACUUAUCUCACGUUUUUGGGGUUAAGAUUUUGAAGAAAUGUUCCUUCCUGUCUGUCACUGAUGACCGCUGGAAAUCCUCCGAUAUUUGCGUCCGUUUUUCUUUUCUUUUGCUUUUUUUCCGCUGCGCCAAAGGAGAAGCCGUGUUACACGCUGCCCACAGUGAAGAAGCUCCUGGAGCAGAAGAGAAAGCGAGAGACGUCUUCAGCUCCUCCGUCCUGUGCCUCUGCGACAAAUAACGCGGUUGCUUCUGCGUCUAUCCCAGUACCAACAUCAGAUACAUCUUCCACUGCAAACAACAGCUUUUCAGACAUGACAUCGAUGAAGUAUGACCGGUGGGACGUAGCCAUGCAGCCACAUCCCUCUGCUUUUCUGGAUUGCAACAACCUCCCAUCUAUGUGUCUGAAUUAUUUAACAGACCCUUCAGGUGGUCUCAACCUCCCACCUGCAGUUUAUAGCCCAUGCUUAACCAUGGCAGACCCUCAGUCUUCCAGCUAUACUACUCUUCCACUGCAGGAAUGUCAGAGUGCACAGAUGCCACAGCAUUUUCCCAGGACAGAGUGUCCUGUGACCGCAGCCAUGCCCGGUUCCAGCGCUGAUCACAGGACUCAGGGUUUAAGUGUUCCAAGCUCUGGUUACCUGUGGUCUUCUGGGCCCAGAGCAUCUACAGGCCCCUGUAUGUCAGUUAGACCCCAGAUGGACAUGGACAUGGCUAAGCUGGAAGAGGCACGUCUCUUCCUUCAGGCCAUGGAUUACAACAGAACCAUAUGGAAGGACGAUGAUGGAGACACAAUUCUGCACAUAUACACUGCUAAGGGCCAAAGGGAAUAUGCCUUUGCUGCAGCAGAGAGACUGAAGGAGCUUGGCACUUUGGAUACAAAGGAGCACAGAGGAAAGACUGCUUUGAUGGUAGCAGUGACAGCCAAUCAACCAGAGAUUGUGCGGGACCUGCUCUGUCUUGGAGCUGAUAUCAGCAUCUGUGAUAUCGAAGGUCAAACCGCCCUGCAUCUGGCAGCCACAUAUGGCUUUCCACAUGUCAUGGAGGUCAUCCUCAGUAUGAAACACAGAGUGGACUUGGAGGCUCGCAAUUUUGAAGGACUAACCCCACUGCACUGUGCCGUGAUCUCUCACAAUGCCACAAUGAAGGCUCUUACCUCCACCUCAUCUUCAUCCACUGCCUGGCUACCUGAGUGCGAUCUGCAAUCUCAAGCCAAAAAUAAACUGAUUUGUCUGCAGCUGCUACUGGAAGCAGGAGCUUCCCUUCUCAGGCAGGAAAUUAAAAGUAAUAAGACCGUACUCCAUCUGGCUGUGAAGGAGGGAAAUAUCCAGCUGGUGAAUUUCUUUUUGCUGAAAUGCCAGCUGCCAGACAUGCAGGCCUUUAUCAACAUGAAGGCCCACGGACACACGGCUUUGCACAUGGCCGCAGGGUUACACGGGAGCCCCUAUCAGGAGGAGUUGAUCAGACUGCUGCUUAGCAAAGGAGCCGACCCGAGUAUCCGCAACCUGGAGAACGACCAGCCCGUGCAUCUGCUGCAAACUGGAGAACAAGGAGAGAAGCUCAAGCUCAUCUUAAAGAAGAAAAAUGCCUCUAGAAGGCGUAUCACAUCCUUACAGGACCAAGAAUGACCAGGACUGCAUGCCAGUCCCAAAAUGUCUCCCUUUAAUUCUUAUAGGGACUUCUCAUAAGCCUGCAUUCACUCAAGGAAAAUGACCCUGCAAAUUCUGUCUUCGGUUUCUUGACUGAAUUUAGAUCUUAUUUUUUAUAAUGGUGUUUAUUUGUAGUAUCUUCUUAUGAGGGUUUUUUCAGUUCACUUGUCAUUUGUUACAGAGUCAUGUUUGAUUUCUGACACAUUCCUUCUCAAUAGUAUUUUGAGUAAAAAAAUGCUCAUGAAAAUGUGAUUUCUGUGAAAUCAUCUGAUGGGGUUUCAAUUCGAAAUUCCCACCGUUUUAUCAACCAUAUUGGUUUGGAAUAUUUUUAAUACACUACACUGUAUCAGUGUCAUGGUAUCUUUCUAAAAUAAAUCUAUUUAUUCUAUUUUUUUUUUUUACUUAUGUGAUGCAUAUAUGUAUUUUUUUGCUAGUAUUUGACUCAGGUAUAAGUUAUUUACAUGCACAAGCUCUUUGUGUUAACUCUGUGUAACCUUUGUGGUCACUGUCGUGUUUACAGAGAGCGUAAGCAGAUCUCAUUUAUGGCAUGAAUGUGAGAGUGUUUUGAUGAGUCAUUAUCGAGGUAAAAAUGUCAUGCUUUUGACCUCAGCAUGCCAGUCAUCUUCAGUUCAUACUGGUAAUGAUGUCAUUUAUAUCAGCUACAUCACUAGUUUACCAUUUGAACAUAUAAUGUAACUGAAUUAUCUGCUGAAAUUGAUCAAGAUGUAAGAAUUUGAAGUGAUUCUAAUGUUAAGGGAAAAAGACAGAGUGUAGGAAUAGCUCGGGGGAUUAUCUCAUGUGAAUCACUUGGUUUCUGAGACUGGAAUGCCUUGUAAUUCAAAUAAAGGGGAAAAACAUUAUACUGUCACUUCCUUGUAAGAAGUGUGUAAGCGUUUCAUGUAAUCAGAACACUCUGUACUUGUCCUAUACUUUUUAUUUUAAUAAUGAUUUAAUAAUGACAAGACAUCAACACUGCAACUCAAACAAACCUCCUGUUUGAAUGUAAUACACUGACUAAAUAAAUUGUUCAAGGAUUGUUCAGCAAUGGCAUUAAAAUUUGCUGGUAAA